AUGCGGCGGAGCCCUCGCCCGGGCUCAGCCACGUCCCCUCACAAGCACACGCCCAACUUCUACAGCGACAACAGCAACAGCUCAGUGAGCGUCACCUCGGGGGACAGCAGCGGGCACCGGUCAGCUGGGCCGGGGCCCGGGGAGCCCGAGGGCAGAAGAGCCCGGGGCUCGAGCUGCGGUGAGCCCGCCUUGAGCGCAGGAGUGCCCGGAGGAACCACAUGGGCUGGAAGCUCUCGGCAGAAGCCGGCGCCUCGGAGCCACAAUGGGCCGACCGCCUGUGGCGCGGCAACCGUGAGGGGCGGGGCCUCGGAACCGGCUGGCUCUCCCGUAGUCUCUGAGGAGCAGCUCGACCUUCUCUCAACCCUGGAUCUGAGGCAGGAGAUGCCUCCACCGCGCGUGUCCAAGAACUUCUUGAACCUGCUGUUGCAGGUGCUGAGCGUGUUGCUGUCCCUGGUAGGAGACGUGCUGGUCAUUGUGUACAGGGAGGUCUGUUCCAUCCGCUUCCUGCUCACGGCUGUGUCACUGCUGAGCCUCUUUCUGGCAGCACUCUGGUGGGGGCUGCUGUACCUGGUCCCUCCUUUGGAGAAUGAACCUAAGGAGAUGCUGACUCUAAGCGAGUACCACGAGCGCGUGCGCUCCCAGGGGCAGCAACUGCAGCAGCUCCAGGCCGAGCUGGAUAAACUACACAAGGAGGUGUCCAGCGUUCGCGCAGCCAACAGCGAGAGAGUGGCCAAGAUUGUAUUCCAGAGGUUGAAUGAAGACUUUGUGAGGAAACCCGACUAUGCGCUGAGCUCUGUGGGGGCCUCCAUCGACCUAGAAAAGACAUCACACGACUAUGAGGAUGCGAACACUGCCUACUUCUGGAAUCGCUUCAGCUUCUGGAAUUACGCGAGGCCGCCAACGGUUAUCCUGGAGCCAGAUGUGUUCCCUGGGAAUUGCUGGGCUUUUGAGGGCGACCAGGGCCAGGUGGUGAUCCGGCUACCGGGUCGUGUGCAACUGAGCGACAUCACCCUGCAGCACCCACCACCCAGUGUGGCACACACCGGGGGAGCCAACAGCGCCCCCCGCGACUUCGCAGUCUACGGCCUCCAGCUUGAUGAGACUGAAGUUUUCUUAGGGAAAUUCACCUUCGAUGUGGAGAAAUCAGAGAUUCAGACUUUCCACCUACAGAAUGACCCCCCAACUGCCUUUCCCAAGGUGAAGAUCCAGAUUCUAAGCAACUGGGGCCACCCCCGUUUCACAUGCUUGUAUCGGGUCCGAGCCCAUGGCAUGCGAACUUCAGAGGGGGCAGGAGACAGUGCCACAGGGGAACCCCAUUAAACAUGCUGAUUGUUGAAGUAGAGUGCAGGUCUGUGUUCAAAGAAGCUGGAUCCAUG